AUGAGGCGUGCGCGGAGUGUCACCGGGCCCUUGCGGCGCGCCCACCCCGCCUCUGGGGCCACCUGGAACGUCCAGGUGGUUCGCGGCAAGAUGAGCUCGCAGUGCCUGUGGCACGCGUGCCGCGCGCUCUCCGCUGGACUGCUGCUUAUGCUACUCGGCUCCGCCAUGGCGGUCAUAGGUUACUACGCAGACACAUUGUCCGUGGCACAAGAAAUACGCGGCAACGCAACAGUGUCGGUCAAAGAUGAGGCCAGAGGGUUUCAUCUUAACAACCUUUCAUAUGCAGGGCCUAUUGUCAUGGGAUUUGGAGGUUUCAUAGUGGUGGCAGCUUGUGUGAUGACAUUCGAGGCGCGGGAUAGCGCGGCCAAGGUGACGCCGGCUCGGCCGCAGACCCUGCCCCGACCGCUACCCCGGCGCGGCCCGCCCUGCGCGGCUGGCGCGCCCGCCCGCCUCGACCAACUAGGUGUAUACCGCCUGCCACACGCGCUGCCACUGCCACUACCACUGCCACACGCUGUGCCACUACCACCCAUACACAGAAAGCGGCCUGCACAUCUCUGCUCCAGAGGGGGCGAGAAGGCGCGCGAGCGAGCGCGCUUCGGGUCGGCGCCGGACUUGCGAGGUGGAGGCGCGCGCCCGCUACUGCCGGUGAGUGCGCUACGCCGCCCGCUACGCCGCUACGCGCUUUCUGUAGACGAACCGCCGCAAUCUGCCGUCAGUGCAAGCGCGGCGGAGUCUGAGUGCGGGUCGCAAUCGUCGCUGGCGCUGGACUUGCAUGGCAGCGGUGCAUGCGCAGGCGUCACGCUACGCGUCUGUGACAACACACGCCGCCGCCCUCUCGCCCGCCAGCAGCGCCUACGGGAAGACACGUUGUUUCCGUUAUCUCGUGAAAAUAUCAGCAAUGUUAAUUGUAUAGAAGAAUCGACCCCAAGAAUAGCAGAAGAUGAAAUUCCUGACGCAGUUGAAAUGGUGCACUUAUCAGUGGAUCGAGAGAUGCGGUCCUCCAGUGCGCCCCCGCCAUGCGUCAGCACACCCCUGCCUCCCGCGACGCCAUUGGACUCUGUACAAAUGUUCCCAUUGCCGUCCGCCCAAACUUGUAUACAAAUCGACGAAACUGAAGAUACGUUACCUGUAAAACAACAAGAUCAAAAUAUAACAUCCGACACAUAAACAAAAAUCAUACACUUACAUGUUUGAUAUUUGCAAAUACGAUUUACUCCGAACGAAAUAUUUGUAUCUUCUCAAUUUUGAUGACCAC